GUUUCAGCAGUGGCAUUGUGAUCUCCAGCACGUUUGCCUGUGUUUGCGUCACGUGGCUUGGAUGUCUGGCGUGAAUGAGUACGUGCACAUGUUAUCGACUUUGCGGUGCUGAUUUCUGUACCGUCAAAGCUUCCUGUGUGCACAUAUCUUGGGAACAAUGAUUGUCUGAUCUUGAGCCGCUCUUCACAUCACAAAAUCUACCAUGAAUCGCGUCAUUGCCGUGUGUAAGACGCUCAGAAACCACUGGAAGAAGUCCACCUUCGCCGCGUGCCUCAUCGCCUACGGAGGAUGGUACUUGGACGACAGACAUCGGACGAAUCUAAUGAUGAGAGCGUUCUGCGAACACGCAAAGGCGUACGGCGACGAGCCGCUUCCCGCGGGCGCAAAGCCGCGACACAUCACCGUGAUCAUCAACCCGACGGCGAAAGAUGGGAAGGGGAAAAUUUUGUACGAAAAGUAUGCAGCUCCACUGUUUCACCUCGCUGGCAUUCGAGUGAGCUACUUCACGACGGAGUACGCCGGCCAAGCCAAGAGCUUGAUGGAAGUUCUGGAGAACACAGACGCCGUUGUGAUUGCGGGCGGUGAUGGUACCUUGCACGAGGCUGUCACCGGCAUCAUGUCUCGGAGUGACUAUGCGACGGCGUGCAAGCGUUACCCCAUGGGUGUCAUUCCUGCCGGCAAAACAAACGCGGUGGCAAAGCAGCUCUUUUGGGAACCUGGGAUGAAUGAGGCAAGGUGGAUUGCAUCCUCAGCCAUGGCAAUCGUGAAGGAGCAGUUGUCAACACUGGAUGUGGCCCAAGUGGAGCUCAGGCAAGACGAGACUGCCAAAGGAGAGGAAGGUCCCGACGACGUCGGUCACCCCAGCGUUCCCGCCGAGGUCAACAACCCCCAGGUUGUCUAUGCUCUGGGACGGCUGGAGCAGGGCGCCUUCCGAGACGCGCGCUCCACGAUCCCAAAGUACUGGUACUUUGGGGCACUCAGGACGAGGGCUGCUUUCUUCUUUAAUGCGCUAAAGGAACUACCAGAGGCGACGGCGGCGAGCUUGUCGUACGUCGAACCCUGUACCGGGUGCUCUCGCUGCUUCGUCGACGAGGUCGGGAUGAGACGGGCCGAGAGACGACGAUGGUGGUCCUCUUUUAUGCCAAGAUCUGCGCCCCAAGCUUCGGAGCCACGCACGGACUACAGCAAAGUCACCAACCCGGACUGUGGCAUUCAGCGUCACAGCGUUCUGGGCCACUGCCAGCUCGACGUAUCCGCAAACUUCAAAAAGGAUCUGCAUGCCCUGAAGCUAAGUGUCAGUCCACCAUCCUCAGGGAGGCUGCAGUUCUUCUCAGAAUGUAUGCAAAGGCAAGCUGGCUCUCAUAAGUCGCUGGCACUGAGGGAGCUGUUAGCGCGCGAACUGAACCUGGAAUUCCAGAGCGGCACUAAAAAGGAAAAUGGCACUGGCAGCCAGGGAACCACAAGGACAGUAAGCGUCGACUCGGUAGAAUACCAGGCGCAGAAGGUCUACCUCAAGCUGAUUCCACGUGUCUUACAUGUGUACUCUGCAGUAAACUCCUGAAGUAGUCCAAGGUCA